UCGAUGCUACUCGCGGAUCGCGAGUUCAGUCUGCGACUGGCAACCGCGCGUGUAACGUCGUUCCUUCCUUGUCCCUCUCUCUCUGUCUCUCUCUUUCGCUCUCCCGUCCCUUCUGCUCUCGUCGCACGUUGCAUCGCGCGAGUUUUUGAGUUACGUCGUCGGGAGAAAAAGCGGACAGUUCCCUUCGUCGUUACGAGAACUUGCGGUGUAGGACUUGCGAUUAAGACGGUAUUUUUUUGCGAGGAGAGAGAAAAGGUGAGAUAAGGUGGAUAAGAUGCGAGCUGAUAUCGUGUCGGUGACGAUCUCCCGCUGUCAGAUGCAUCGCCGUCGCGCAUUAUCGGAGCGAUCUUGAGGCGGUCGGAUGUGCAGCGACGUGGGGGAUAACGAUUCGGAACGGACUCUACUUCUACGCCGGCAGAACUGCUGAUUCGCUAUUUAUGGAAUGCUCUGAUGAAGUCAUCACUCAACGGAGAACAUGAAGGCCAAUUAUUUAUCGAUAAUCGUUAGAUUCUGUACGUUGCUGAUACUAUUUGAAUCUGCCACAGAUGUCCAUUCACUCGAUAUACGAUCAUGCAACCAGUCCUUGGGGAUGGAAUCGGGUGACAUACCAGAUUCAGCUAUCACUGCGUCCUCAUCGUAUGUGACGAACGUUGGGCCGCGAAAUGGCCGACUCCGAAAGGAGACCGCCGGCGGUGCUUGGUGUCCAAAAAGCCAAAUAGAGAAAGGAGUUCGCGAAUGGCUUCAAGUUGAUCUACAGGGUGCUCACGUCGUUACUGGUGUGCAGACACAGGGCCGUUACGAUCACGGCCGCGGUCAGGAAUACGUCGAGGAUUACACUCUAGAAUAUCGACGUCCUGGCUUCACUCGAUGGCGUCGAUAUAAGCGUUGGGAUAACAUAGAGGUUUUAGCCGGAAACAGCGACACCUCCACCAUUGUAUCGCAUAAUUUGAUUCCGCCUAUCUUCGCCAGUCAAAUCCGGAUCUUACCGCACUCGGAGCACAGGCGUACGGUUUGCCUUCGUAUCGAGCUGAAAGGAUGUCGAGACACAAGCGGUGUCAUGAGCUACACUAUACCAGAUGCUUCCCUACCGGAGUUCAGUGACAUUUCGUACGAUGGUAAGAAGGAGGACAACUUGCUGACCGAUGGUUUAGGUUGUCUAAUCGAUGGCGAGGUCGGCGCGGAUAAUUACAAGGAGGACAUGGGAAAUGGAAAAGGCACGCGGUGGGUUGCUUGGCUUCGUGACACUUUCCAAGAGAACUUCGUCGAGCUCAUCUUCGAGUUUGAAGCCAUCAUGGUCUUCGAAGCGGUACACAUCUAUACCAACAAUUAUUUCUCACGGGACGUUCAGGUAUUUUCGAAAGCGGAGAUAUGGUUCAGCACCGACGGCGAGAUCUACGAAGACGAGCCCUUACCCUACUCGUACAUACCGGACGUCGUGCUAGAAAACGCUCGAAACGUUUCGAUCGGUCUGCACGGACGGCGCGGGAGACUUCUCAAAUUGCAUCUCUACUUCGCCGCACGAUGGAUCAUAAUCGGCGAGGUGACAUUCGAUGCAACAAAUCCCUACGAAAACACUACGGAAGAAGCGGCGUCCGAGUUCAACCGAGAGAUUCCAGUCAACCCCGAAGUGGAUCUCAACUUACAAACGAUUACAGCACCAGGAGAUGGUCAAGAAUAUCUCGAGGUACUGAUAGGCGUCCUCACUGCCAUUAUAUUGCUCCUCCUGCUGGUAUUCUUCAUUAUCCUGUUUCUAAAUCGACGACAGAAAUUACAGAGUUCCCCAACGGUGUUAAAAAAUCCAUUCGGCUUCGCCAUAAAUAUGAAGGGCCUCCUUUUAAACUUAACACCCGGUGGGAUGUUGACAGCGGAAACUGCCAAUCAUGUUUCACCUGACAUGCCGGAGGAUGUCAGCAUGCAUGAAUCACUUACGAUGGAGCAAUUUAAUUCGCCACUCGUCAGUCCGCAAUAUAAAUCCACGUACGCGAUUGUAGCCAAUUCCGAGUCUCCGAAGGAUUUCAAAAACAUAGAAAUUCCGGAGGAGAACGUACGACUGGAUGCAAGAUCGGAAUCCGCAGUCGGUCCAUCCAGCUGUUCCCCAUCACCGACUAACUCGCCGGCUCGACACUCCCAGCAUUAUAGAACCCUUCAAAGUUAUAGCAGUCCAACUAGGAAACUCAAUAUCGCGGUUACGCCCAAUCACCAAAGGGACGUCGAUCAGGUUCACUCGAAACGUUGGCAUACAGCGCCAAAGGAAAAGCACAAGAUACCAGCACCCGUUGUCAGUUGGAACAUCGCACCGAGUAUGAACAAGCCGUACAAAUGCAAGGAAAUAGAGCCAACCAAUAUACCACGUCAGUGCCUACGAACGACAGAAAAACUUGGCUCGAGAACCAUAGGAGAGGCUAUAAUAUGUGAAGCUGUUGGUCUAGACGAGAUCAUAUCUGGAGCUCCCAGAUUAGUCGUUGCUCGCGUACCCCUGUGUAACAAUGACCUUCGAACCAACAACGCAAUAGACCAGAUGAGGGAAGUGCAAUUUCUGUCAUGUUUAUCCGAUCCGAAUGUGGCACGUAUCUUAGGGGUAUGCACUGUCGAGCCAGUGCCAUGGACGAUCAUCGAGUACACGGAACUCGGUGAUCUCGCUCAUUAUCUUCAAUACAGUGUGCCGCUCACGGGAACGCUCAGGCCAAACUGCAAUCUAAAAGCUCUUAGUCAAAGUUGUCUGCUGUAUAUGGGAACACAGAUAGCGUCAGGAAUGAGAUUCCUUGAAUCGAAGAAUCUGGUACAUAAGGACUUGGCAGCCAGGAAUUGUCUUGUGGGUCGUUCUUAUACCGUGAAAGUGACCGAUAUAGCCAUGUGCAGUGAUCUUUACAAAAAAGAUUACAGCGAUAUAGGAGGCAGACCGCCCGUACCGAUCAGAUGGUUACCGUGGGAAAGUAUCCUCUUGGAUAGGUAUACAUGUUCGAGUAGCAUAUGGUCUUUUGCCGUGACACUUUGGGAAGUAAUGAGUUUGGCCAGAGAAAAGCCCUUCCAACAUCUGUCAAAUGAUCAAGUUAUUCAGAACGCCGAACAUAUGUAUUACGGAGCGGAGCUACAAGUACUUCUACCGAAACCAACAAUGUGUCCGGAAGAAGUCUAUCGGAUGAUGUGCUCGUGCUGGAGAAGAGACGAGACGUCGCGACCAACCUUCAAGGAUAUCUACACGUUCUUGAAGAAUAUAAUAGCGGACUAUCGACCUGGUGCAUAAGUAAUCUCGGUUAACUGUGAUACGGAACGGACGGUUAAUCUUCUGGAAUGUGAACGACAUCGUCGGGAACAUUCCGUGCAGGACAAAGCGUUACACGAGAUCGUACUCGCCGGGCAUGACGCCUCGCGCGAAAUCAGAUUCUCCAGAAAUGUACAAUCGUUAGUUUUAGACAUACGUGUAUUACAGGCUCUGGGCCUCGUAUCUCCUUCCUUGCGCAGAAAAUUCAGAAUGCAAAAUCGCACUCCGAGUGCAAAGCUCAGCAGUAACCAGAAAUGAUCUCCCGCGAAGUCUAUCACGCGUAAUUGGUUGUCCAGAUAAAAGUAAUGGCGAUAACGGACGAAUGCUAAAUGAGCAUAAGGAGAAAUGUAUAAUUGACGUAUAAGUGUUAGAUUUAUUUUCUUCCGAUAAUCAAGAUCGAUAAUUUUACUCUUCUUCAACUUGAGUGUAUAAUCGCGUCACUUUUGUCUGGACGUUUUAAGAAAAUUUCAUUUUCUAGUCAAUACGAAUCUUUAAUUCUCACGAAAGUGCUAUCGUGUACAGUAUUCUAAUUAAUAAAGUGUAAUGUACGCUACUAUGCUCAGUAUUGAUAAAGUCUAUCCAUUUGUACAUACAAAUUUAGGAUUUAAUGCUAGGAAAAUGAGAAAUUUUUACGGCAGUAAAAGUUAUGACGGCUAUUUUUUUCUUUCUUUCCGUUGCUUUAAAUAAUAUUACGCUUGACUCUCUUUAAUCUGAUGAUAUGCGAAAAAUGGCGUUAAUAAAUUUAUGUUUUAAUUCGCUUAUAAUGAGUUAGUGUAAAAAGUAUUUAUAAAAAUAGAGUUGAGCGAUAUUCGAAAAAAAUUAGAUGUUUAGUCGAUUAAAUACAGGCGUAAGGUAAUUUCAUUAGCUUAUCGUCUUACUACGCCCUAAAAAUUUCGGCUUAGUCAACUUGUACAUUCGAAACCCAUCAGUAAGUAGUAAGUACUUAUUAUUCCAUUCUUUCUUUAAGUUGGAAUUGUGCUAUGUUAAGAGGUGUAGAUUUCGAAAAUGUUCUUCCUAAGGACGUAAUAUGAACACAUAUCUUUACUCGUUUUUUGAGAACGGAAGAAAAAGAUAUAAAUAUCUAGCAGCGAAUAUCUUUGGAAGGAAUCAAUAAAAAUUUAAACAAUGCCA